GUGAAGGAUAAAGGAGCGUAUCACCGCGCCCCUGAGCCUGCCGGAAGUGCGUGUGGACGUCCUUACGCUCCACCCUCCGGAUGAAGGGUUUCAUAUCCGGAUUGUUAUUGAGGACUCAUUCCUCCUUUCGUUCUUCUCCGGGUGGGGCGCAUGCGCGACGAUUCCUUUCCAACUACCACCUUCCCCUGUCCCGGCAGCCGCAGCCGCUGCCGCCAAGGAGUCGGGAAGUUCAAAAUGGCCGCCGUGGAGUCUCAGCCGCCGCGGGAAGCGCCUGAGAUGGAAGAUGCAGAUAAUUCUGAAAAAAGCAUAAAUGAAGAAAAUGGAGAAGUAUCAGAGGAGGACCAAUCUCAAAAUAAGCACAGUCGACACAAAAAAAAGAAGCACAAACAUAGAAACAAACACAAGAAACAUAAACAUUCUUCAGAAGAUGACAAGGACAAAAAACAUAAACAUAAGCAUAAACAUAAGAAACAUAAACGAAAAGAGGUUAUUGAUGCCUCUGACAAAGAAGGUGCAUCUCCAGCAAAAAGAACUAAAAUUGAUGACUUAGCUUUGCUGGAAGAUUUGGAGAAACAGAGAGCUUUGAUUAAAGCUGAACUUGAUAAUGAGUUGAUGGAAGGAAAAGUUCAGUCUGGGAUGGGGCUAAUAUUACAGGGAUAUGAGUCAGGUUCAGAAGAAGAAGGAGAAAUACAUGAGAAGGCAAGAAAUGGGAAUAGAUCAACUGCUAGGUCAUCAAACACUAAGGGGAAACUUGAACUUGUUGACAAUAAAAAUAGUUCAAAGAAAAGAAGCAAAAGCAGAUCAAAAGAACGGACUAGACAUAGAUCUGAUAAAAAGAAAAGCAAGGGAAGUGUUGAAGGAAUUAAAGAAAAAACAACUAGAAGUAAGUCUAAAGAAAGAAAAAAGUCCAAAAGUCCAUCUAAAAGAAGCAAAUCUCAAGAUCAAGCAAGAAAAUCAAAAUCCCCAGCACUUAAAAGGCGAUCUCAGGAGAAAAUUGGAAAAGCCAAAUCCCCUCCCGAGGAUAAGAUUAAAGUAGAAGAUAAAAGCAAAUCAAAGGAUCGAAAGAAAUCCCCAAUUAUAAAUGAAAGCAAAAGUCGUGAUCGUGGAAAAAAAUCCAAAUCUCCAAUAGAACUAAGAAGCAAAUCCAAAGACAGAAGGUCACGAUCCAAAGAUAGGAAAUCCAAACGAUCUGAGACUGAUAAAGAAAAGAAGCCAAUUAAAUCUCCUUCUAAAGAUGCUUCUUCUGGGAAAGAAAAUCGAUCCCCAAGUAGAAGACCAGGUCGUAGUCCUAAAGGAAAAAGUUUAUCUCCCAAACAGCGUGAUAAAUCGAGACGAAGUAGGUCUCCACUACUUAAUGAUCGGCGAUCCAAGCAAAGUAAAUCACCGUCUCGGACUUUGUCUCCUGGUAGAAGAGCAAAGAGUCGAUCAGUGGAAAGAAAACGAAGAGAACCAGAAAGGAGAAGGCUUUCUUCUCCAAGAACACGUCCUAGAGAUGAUAUUCUUAGCAGACGUGAGAGAUCAAAAGAUGUCAGCCCUAUUAGCAGAUGGUCUCCAACUAGAAGAAGAUCAAGUAGGUCUCCUAUCCGUAGGAGAUCUCGUUCACCACUCAGGCGAAGUAGAACUCCAAGAAGGAGAAGCAGGUCUCCAAGAAGGAGAGAUAGAGGUAGGCGGAGUAGAUCUCGACUUCGACGGAGGUCUCGAUCCCGUGGUGGUCGUAGGCGCAGAAGCAGAAGCAAAGUAAAGGAAGAUAAAUUUAAAGGAAGCCUUUCUGAAGGAAUGAAAGUUGAACAGGAAUCAUCAUCUGAUGAUAACCUAGAAGACUUUGAUGUUGAAGAGGAAGAUGAAGAAGCCCUAAUAGAGCAGAGAAGAAUCCAAAGGCAAGCGAUUGUUCAGAAGUACAAAUACCUUGCUGAGGAUAGCAAUAUGUCUAUGCCAUCUGAGCCAAGCAGCCCUCAGAGUAGCACUCGAACACGUUCACCCUCCCCUGAUGAUAUUUUGGAACGGGUUGCUGCUGAUGUUAAAGAAUAUGAAAGAGAAAAUGUUGAUACAUUUGAGGCUUCAGUAAAAGCCAAACAUAAUCUUAUGACAGUUGAACAAAAUAAUGGUUCAACUCAGAAGAAGCUGUUGGCUCCUGACAUGUUCACUGAAUCGGAUGAUAUGUUUGCUGCAUAUUUUGAUAGCGCUCGUCUUCGGGCUGCUGGCAUUGGAAAAGAUUUCAAAGAGAAUCCCAACCUCAGGGAUAAUUGGACUGAUGCCGAAGGCUAUUAUCGUGUUAAUAUAGGUGAAGUCCUAGAUAAACGUUACAAUGUGUAUGGCUACACAGGCCAAGGUGUCUUUAGUAAUGUAGUAAGAGCCAGAGAUAUGGCAAGAGCAAACCAGGAAGUGGCAGUGAAAAUCAUCAGAAACAAUGAGCUUAUGCAAAAAACGGGUUUAAAAGAACUGGAAUUUUUGAAGAAACUUAAUGAUGCUGAUCCCGAUGACAAAUUUCAUUGUCUACGGCUCUUCCGACAUUUUUACCAUAAACAACAUCUCUGCCUUGUAUUUGAGCCUCUAAGUAUGAAUUUACGGGAGGUUUUGAAAAAGUAUGGAAAGGACGUUGGUCUUCAUAUUAAGGCUGUAAGAUCCUAUAGUCAGCAGUUAUUCUUGGCAUUAAAGCUUCUUAAAAGGUGCAAUAUCCUACAUGCUGAUAUCAAGCCAGACAAUAUCCUGGUUAAUGAAUCGAAAACUAUUCUAAAGCUUUGUGAUUUUGGAUCGGCUUCACAUGUUGCAGAUAAUGACAUUACACCCUAUCUCGUCAGUAGAUUUUAUCGGGCUCCUGAAAUUAUUAUAGGAAAAAGCUAUGACUAUGGUAUAGAUAUGUGGUCUGUAGGCUGCACACUAUAUGAACUUUAUACUGGAAAAAUAUUAUUUCCUGGUAAAACCAAUAAUCAUAUGUUGAAACUUGCUAUGGAUCUCAAAGGAAAAAUGCCAAAUAAGAUGAUAAGAAAAGGUGUGUUCAAAGAUCAACACUUUGAUCAAAAUCUCAACUUCAUGUAUAUAGAAGUAGAUAAAGUAACAGAAAGGGAGAAAGUUACUGUCAUGAGCACCAUUAAUCCUACCAAGGACCUCUUGGCUGAUUUGAUUGGGUGCCAGCGACUUCCUGAAGACCAACGUAAAAAAGUGCACCAGCUAAAGGACUUGUUGGACCAGAUCUUAAUGUUGGACCCAGCUAAACGAAUUAGCAUCAACCAGGCUCUACAGCAUGCCUUCAUCCAGGAAAAAAUUUAAAUGAGAUGAAGAAGCUCAAAGGGUUUGAGUAAUUAAAAUACAAAGACUGAAGAAAUUUCACAGCAGUUUAUUAAUGUAUAUAAACUUAUAAAUAUUUCCCCCGCAAAUUGAGGAAGCAUGAUAUAUUUGAAUUAACACCAAGGCUGAUAUUUCUUUUAGAAAUGUUAGAGUAAAUCUGUUUGUGUCUUAUGUGAAAAUUUUCACUGUAGAACUGUUUUAAUUGCUGAGACUGCACACAAGUACAGUGCUAAUGUAAAUGGUUGCAGUUCACAUCAAAAAGAAAAAAAAUCUGUUAUAAAAUGAACAGUAAUACUGGGUGGAUGAUUGGUUUUUUAGCAGACUUGGCUUCAUUUUUGUCUUUAAAAAAAAAAAAAAAAAGGCCAGCAUAAAUGCUGUUUAUAUUCACGUUUUCCUAGGUGUGUGUGUGCAGGCCACAGCAGCAUGCCCUUGGUGUAGUCAGUGCCGAAAGGGGUCUGUUCCUUCUUGAGCCUGCCUGCAGGGAUGGUCUCCUCUUUUAAAGCAGGUUGUGUACAACUUUCAGUACACUGAAGGCAUAAACCUUCCACUCUUGAACAAAGCAGCUGCUUUUUAAAAGCGGUAAUUGCUUCUUUACCUUUUAUUUCUUUUGUAAAUGAAGCUUUUCUUUAAGAUAUGUGACUUUAAAGUGUUGUCUAUUACAUAAAACAGUUGACACUCACUUAUUGUAAAGUGAAGAUUGUUCUGCUGCAUGUAAAGUGGACCAUGCAGAUUUCUGUAUGUUUUCAGUAUGCAUCAUUAGAUAAUAAAGUCUUUUGUGAACAAGG